AUGCGCCCCAUUUCUCAAGACUUUCCAUUGAAACUCUUCCUUACUUUCCGAUAUACAUAUUGGAAGUCAGUCGGGGACAUCACACCUUUUCCUUCUUUGCACAUCAGCUGCUAUCCACACUCGUUUCGCCGGACGCUCUCUUUAUUCCCCUUUUCUUUUUUACCACCCAUCAUGUUCACGCCUCCACCAUCGCCCCUUCCACACAAGAUCGUCGCGCCGGCCGUCCCAGAGGAGUCCUCUGAGGUGCAACCCGAAAAGCGCAUCGAGGGCACAUCGCGGGAGGCUAUCAAGCGUAGGACAGGACGACGCUUUCGCCUGGCAGUCAUGGUGGUGCCCCUCAUUGUCAUAGCUCUCACUCUAUCCACAAGCUACUCGACGAGUUUCGCUUUUCAGGAGUCAUCGCACCUAUCAUCGCCGCUGUCAUGGCUUGCAGAGGGGGCAGGUUUGCGGGUACACAAGCGAAGCCCUGAACCGCAGGCCGAUUCGGCCUCCUCAACGUCGUCGACGGGGACCCCUACAGCCAGCAGUUCGACGCCAGCAACCUCGCGGGCAUCGGCGGUAACCCAGACCGCACCGGCCGUUCCCUCCACAUCCCCAACCCUCCCAACGCCAUUCCCCCAGCCUUUCGACGACAAUCUUGCGCAGAACUUCUCUAGUGCCUCGUGUGCGAGUUUCUUCGCGAACAUGACAACUUCUACCCCCUUCCGAUCGUGCCGCCCAUUCUCACUACUAUUCCAGUCUUCGAACGAAUUUAUCAGUGCUCAAACUAACCUCACCCUCAUGAACGCACUUGUUUGGGGAACAUGUAACACCAAUACGGCCUUCGACCAGUGCAAAUUGAAUAUGAAAUGGUUCGCGUCGGAUUUACAGACAGCAUGCGCCGUGGAGUUGAAUUUACAAAAUGCCGUGACUGUAAACACACUGACAGGUCUGAACGCGUUCAGUCUCAUGCACGACGUUGGCUGUGAAAUCGACCCCACAAACAAUGCCUACUGCUACCUGAACGCCGUGCGGAACCAGAACCCCACCGAUUCCUAUUACUACAACCUACCACUAGGCGUCAAGCUACCCCGCACGGCCCAGCCGACCUGCUCCUCGUGCAGCAGGACCAUCAUGGGUAAAUACGCUGCGGCGCUAGAGGACUCAGCGCAACGCUCUGCGCUGACGGGCCUGCUAGCGACGUACGAGGCAUCAGCGGAGGUCAGUGUGCAGCAGUGCGGUGCGGACUUUGCGAAGACGGGCAUCGUGAGCGGCUCUGCAGCGUUGCGAAGCGAGACGGCGCGGACGCUGACGAUUGGCUUCGCCGUCGUUGCAUGGUUACUUUCAUGA